GAGGUGCUGACAUACUUCCGGCCUUUGUGACUCAUUGUGUCUGUGUGGAGGCGUCGGGAGGGCCUGGGUCCGUGUGCGGUGCCCUUCGGCCGGCCUGAGCCCCAGAGUCAGCUCCCCUUUCUCGCCCAGCGCCCCCAGGCCGCUCCCGGGGCACACGGAAUAGUACAGAAACAAAUAUAAAGCAUCUUCUAGGACAGAAAAGCCAGCACAGACCCGGUUUUCAUCACGCCAGUUCCCUGCGCCUGAAUGAUGACUGCUGAAUCAAGGGAAGCAACAGGUCUGUCCCCGCAGGCUGCACAGGAGAAGGAUGGGAUUGUUAUAGUGAAGGUAGAAGAGGAAGAUGAAGACGAUCACAUGUGGGGGCAAGAUUCCAAUCUGCAGGAGACACCUCCUCCUGACCCAGAGAUAUUCCGCCAGCGAUUCAGGCGGUUUUGUUACCAGAACACUUUUGGGCCUCGAGAAGCUCUAAGUCGACUAAAAGAACUUUGUCAUCAGUGGCUGCGACCAGAAAUUAACACCAAGGAGCAGAUCCUGGAGCUGCUGGUGCUGGAGCAGUUCCUUUCCAUUCUGCCUAAGGAGCUUCAAGUAUGGCUGCAGGAGUACAGACCCGAUAGUGGAGAGGAGGCUGUGACCCUUCUGGAAGACUUGGAGCUUGAUCUGUCAGGACAGCAGGUCCCAGGUCAAGUUCAUGGGCCUGAGAUGCUUGCCAGAGGGAUGGUGCCUCUGGAUCCAGUUCAGGAGUCCUCAAGCUUUGACCUUCAUCAUGAGGCUUCCCAGUCCCAUUUCAAGCAUUCAUCACGGAAGCCCCGACUCUUGCAGUCCCGAGCUCUCCCUGCCACUCACGUUCCUGCCCCUCAUCACGAGGGGAGUCCCAGAGACCAGGCGAUGGCAUCUGCACUAUUGACAGCAGAUUCCCAGGCAAUGGUGAAGAUCGAGGACAUGGCCGUGUCCCUCAUCCUGGAGGAAUGGGGAUGUCAGAACCUGGCUCGGAGGAAUCUCAAUAGGGACAGCAGGCAGGAGAAUUAUGGGAACGUGUUUUCCCAGGGUUGUGAAACCAGAAAUGAGAACAAGGAGUCGACCUCAAAAGCUGAAGUCACAGAAGACUCAGCAUCACAUGGGGAGAAAGCAGGAAGAUUUCAGAAAGAGUUUGGAGAGAAACGCGAACAUCAGGGCAGAGUAGUAGAAAGGCAGCAGAGAAACCCUGAGGAGAAAACUGGAAAAGAGAAGAAAGAGUCAGGUCCAACUACAGCCAGGGAAAAAAAACCUACCACGGGGGAGAGAGGUCCGAGGGAGAAGGGAAAAGGGCUGGGAAGAAGCUUCAGUCUGAGUUCAAACUUUAAUACCCCUGAAGAGGUUCCAACAGGAGCAAAGUCUCACAGAUGUGAUGAAUGUGGUAAAUGCUUCACAAGAAGUUCAAGCCUUAUCCGCCAUAAAAUCAUCCACACUGGAGAGAAGCCCUAUGAAUGUAGUGAGUGUGGGAAAGCCUUCAGUCUCAACUCAAACCUUGUCCUGCAUCAGCGAAUCCACACAGGAGAGAAGCCUCAUGAAUGUAACGAGUGCGGCAAGGCCUUUAGUCACAGCUCGAAUCUCAUUCUGCACCAGCGCAUCCACUCUGGAGAGAAGCCCUAUGAAUGUAACGAGUGUGGGAAGGCCUUCAGCCAGAGCUCAGACCUCACCAAGCACCAGAGGAUCCACACAGGGGAAAAACCCUAUGAAUGUAGUGAGUGUGGGAAAGCUUUCAACCGAAACUCGUACCUUAUUUUGCAUCGGAGAAUCCACACCCGAGAAAAGCCCUACAAGUGUACCAAGUGUGGCAAGGCCUUCACCCGAAGCUCAACCCUCACUCUGCAUCACAGAAUCCAUGCCAGAGAGCGAGCCUUGGAGUAUAGCCCAGCCUCCCUGGAUGCAUUUGGAGCAUUUCUCAAAAGUUGUGUGUAAAGCAAGAAUUUGUCAUCAAGCCAUUUCCCCCUUUUGUUUCUAAAAUUAUUUCAGAAAUGUGUGCCCAUUGAGGGGAAAAAAACAGCCUCAACAGAUUUUUUUCUUUUUUUAAUUAUGAUUAAGGAUCCUUAGAGUUACAUCAGCAGUGUUCUGCCUUUGUGUUGUCUGUGGGCAGGUAAUUCUUCCACACAGCCCCUGCAGGGAAAACUGGUCAGAUGGGUAAUCCAUACAGUAUUUCCACAUAAGAUAAAAGCACACACGCAGGAAAACGUCAAGCUUUUCAGUAAUGAGGAUACCUUUAAGGAGCUCUUUGAAUCGCAGCAACCACAGCAUAAAUUGAAAGAACAAGAUUGGCUCUGUGAAUAUGCUUCUGAAGUUAAGAAGCCACUUGCUGCAAACAAGCCCUACCUGGCCAAUAUCUUGCUUAUUUCUCAAAAAAGAGAGAGUUAAAACAAAAACUACAUGGGGACAUGCUGCUGCUCAAGCUAGUUAUAUAUCCCAUAAGUUAUAUAGCUGAUCACUGGUAGCCUACCAAAGCUAUAGAAAUCUAGGACUGUGCUGAUCAGUAUCAAACCAAAGAUUUCUAUCUCUUCCUGAAAGAGAGGGUACGUGCACCAGUCUACAGUUCCAAAGGACUGCAACAAAUGUAGAUGGUUCUAUCCUCAUCACUGAGAUCAGUUCUCCUGAAACAGCAACAACAAUUCAAAACACUUCUCUCCCUUCUUGAAGUCCCUAAAGCACUCUAGCACUCCUAAAUGCAUUUCUCCACAAAUUAGCACUUGAUCAUAUACUGACUUUUAAUCCUUCAUUGUUUCAUAUAUGGAAGUUUUUAUUCAUCCCCCAAAAGAGAUGCUUCGGUUGUCAAGAGAUAUAGUUAUGUUCCUGACAGCCCGGCACUGUACCUAGUGCUGAACCCAUAAAGAGACACUCCUUAUAUCCUAUAUCUGACUUCUAACAGGACUUUCAUAUUUAUGAUAAAGCCCUGUGAAUCAUGAGUACCUGAAAUAUGGUAGCCUGGCCCAACUUUGAAAGAGGACCUUCACAGCCACACGGCAUGCUAAGCCCUCUAGGGCCAAUGCUAAUUUUGUCCUAAACAUAAACGAAGGCACUGAUUAGCUGCCUGUAUAGACUCUUUCUAAACAUGGAUUGGUGAAUAAAUACUACGGAAUGUCAGAAAUUUACUACAUUGAUACCAUCUUAAGGGAAAUGUGAACACUGACUAAGGUCAUUUUUUGACAUCUUUCCAUGGCAAAGAUCUUAGCCAGAAUUCUCUUCAGUCGGCUGCUGAACAAUAUGAUGAUUUAGGCACUUUCUGAAUUGUUUGUAACUUAAGAUAUUAUAGUUCAGAAGAUGUGUUUUGUUGCUUUUCAGAAAAAGAAAAGGGAGCAUUUUUUUUCCACACUUUUCCAGAAACUUUCAAAAAGAACUUACCAUCAUUAGCAGGCAAUUAUGAAAGGUAGUUCGUUGCUCUGAGCAGUUCACUGAUAGAAUAUCAGAAAUGGUUGAUUGUGUCAUAGUCAUAGUGCACGGUAUCUUUUUUUGUUACUCAUCACUAAAGACUGAAGUGAGGUUAUGGAAUUAUCUCCAUUUGUGCAGCUCAAGUCAGGUGGCUCUCUAGAAGCUGCUGGUGGAGACUGUUUCACAUAUACAGAGGACCCAAGUAUCAUGGACUGUGACGGUAUCAAGGGUUUGGUUAGAGAGGGCUCUGUUCAUGAGAUGAGAGCUUUCAGAUGGCCAUGGAUAGCCCUGCAGAAAGCUAGAAACCGGCUAAAAACAAAUCUGAAGACCAUCAGCAUGAACACCCUGUAACAGGAAAACCCCAUUUCAAUUUGAGAUGUUCCCUCAAGAAACAAUAAAACUAGCAUUUAUCAGUCAUUUGCUGACCAGCAGCAAAAAUCCACAAGAUAGCAUGGUGGAACCAAUGAGAUGGAGGCAUGCAUGGGCUCAGCUCCAGACCACACUAGAAUUCUGCACAGCAUUCAUUCUUGGUCUCUCUUUGGCUUUCUUACUUGGACUAACCGCAGCUUCUCUGUAGCUUCUAAGCAGUUUCUUCAGUGUUGACUGGGGAGACCACGUAAAAUAAGUCAGCCAGUUACCAGAAUAUUUCUAUCCAUCCAGCUAAAAAAAAUGAUAUAUUCUAGAAGAGUAUAUCUAAUUCACUUUCUGUAGAGAAAUGAAAGUAGAAAUUCAUCAAGAAUUUUCUUCAAAGAAUGAGCCACAGUGGUGGUUGCCUAGAAAAUUACUGGUGCUUUUGAGAGGACUUUUGUCCCCUGAAAGCAACAAAAUGAAGUGCACAAUUCCAGGCAUCCAUUCCAAACUCUCUGCCUUUGUUCUUAAGAGGGAAAGGACUUUGGUCAGUUUCACAUUGGCUUCGCCCCCACUUCCCCCACUACAUGCUGACAAAAUUCAGCUGUCAUUUUGGGAUUUUGUUUAUAAGUGAAAUUUAAAUAUGACCUGUGCCCCUUCAUUUGGCUCCCAUUUUAUUGGGAUGUUCUGCUGGCUGAUGGAUAGCUACUGGGGUUGCUUCAGAUCUUUGGCAGAUGCACUCUUAGAGGCAGCAAUUUGAAUGCUUGUUUCCCGAGAACAGGCUAUAACUAGUUAUUAAAACCAUUUGCAUUGCAUUCAUUUAUCAGAUGCUCAGUGCAGAGGUGUCAUUGGGCCAUGGUCAAAAACUCUGGCAACAUCUAAUUAGUGCUCAGGAUAGACAUUCAAAAGUUCUUUACUGGGUGAAGUCUGUUAACAGUUGGUACACUAUAGCUGACCAUCAGCAUGCUAGUUGACCUAAUGGGACUUUUUUGAAGUUUUUAAAGAUACACCUUAACCUUGCCAGGAAGAGAAGUAAAAUUAUUCAGGUUGUGGGUAUUUGUUUCUACUCCAGCCUGACAAGCAAGGCUAAACUUGAGAAUAUAGAUAUGUGAGACCUUUUGGUAUUUAAGGCACUUAAUUAAAAUUAAAGUCAUAAAGGUAAAACUACUAAAUGUGUGGAGAGAGUGACAUGUUUGAUAUGUAGGACGGUUCACAUAUAUGUCAGAGAAUUUAUUCCAGAGAGGAACCUCUUGAAUGUGAUAAGUAUGGCAAAGCCUUUAAUCACAUCUCAGCCCUUAGCUCAGAAAGCUUACACUGUAAAUAAACUUAAUAACAUUAUAUGUGAGGAAAAUGUUCAUGUAUAGCACUCAUUGCUUUGGACAGAAAAUGAAUUCCCUCGGUAUGUUCUAGUCAUGCGAUAAAUUACAAAACACGGCAGAAGGAGCUCGGUCUUAACUCCACAGGAUCCACAGAAGAAAACAAUGUGGGGAAAUGCGAAAGAAAUAGCAAAAUAUACAACUUUAAAAAUUGUUAAUGUUGGGUACUUCUAUACAUUUUGUAUGGCCAUAAUGUCACUGUGUUUUGUACCUGGACCCCUAUUAUUUUGUACAUUCCCUUGUAAACAGAUAAUGUAUUUUAAUUUGACAGAGCACAUCACUUCAAAAGAGAGAGGUUUUGAAGUGAGUAGUGAAGAGAUUGAUGUGGUAAUGGACAAAAAGUCAGUUCACAGAACUGAGAAGUGGAAGGAUGAAGGGGAAAAGACCUUCAUUGUUUGGUGCUUAUUGAAUCGAGAGAAGAGAUCAGUAAAUUCAUGAGGAGAGACAGGCUAAUAGGGCACUAAAAUGAAACAACUCCUCUAAAUAUCUGCAACUUAUCAAAAGAGUUUUCAAAACUGGGAAGUUGACCUCUGAGCUGCUGGGUCACUACUGCAAGCAGAGGGAGUAGAUGGAUUUGAGCUUGUUGGGGGAGGAAUUGAAUCAGUGAGUUGAGAGUAAGACAUACUGCAGUGGCCAGUGGGACUAAUAAUCUGACCAGAUUCUGUAAAACCACAAUCUUGCCUCCCCGCUAACUUUUAAAUCUUUAUGCUUAAAAAUUGGGGAUGUGAAAACACCAAGAUGGGCAGUUUCCUGGGAAAUAAGUUGACACUGCAGGAGGGUUGUCUGAUGAGUCUCAAGAAGCAUUUUGCAAGAUUCCCUUGGGCUGUGCUCCUGUGUACCUUCCUUGUCCCCAUGCUUCCCUGGUUUGACUGUUAGGAGAGAGGGUUUGUGAAGAUUCAUAGUUGUAAACAUUGUUCUGUUUUGUUUUUUGAUCUAGAAUUAGUCACCUUCCAGGUAGGCAUGCUGGUCCAUUUAUCCAAAGCCAACUAAACCAGUCCAUCCUGACAUCCUCAUGAAAUACUGUGUGAAUUAGAGUAAAAGUAUUGAAAUACAGCCCAAUAGUGACAGCAAUACUUGCCCCAGGAGCCCUAUUUUUGUGCAUCCCACUCUGAGUAACUUCUCAGAAAUAUUUGAGGGUGCUGGGGUUUCCCAUUGGGGAAACUAAAUCACUGCAGAUUAAGUGAAACAGACUCAGAAAAGCAAAUUAAUUGGUAUAAAUAAGUUGUUCUAUCAUAGAAAUUAGGGUAGAUGUUCAUUUCAACUACUGGAGAAUUUAAUAUAAAGCAUUAUUGUUUGAAAAGUUUUCCUAACAUAGAUUUAGUUUUCAUUUUUAAAAUGGACACUCUACCUUUAAAAGCUGUUACUUAUUUUGCUAUUCAGAUUAAUUUUUUAUUAAAUCCAAAAAUGAAUUUAUUUGUUUUGCUUUUCAAAGCUUUGUAAAACAAACUUGAAAUUAAAGGGAGGUAAGCCAUCUCCUGUUCUGCAGGUCAAAAGUUUGGGAAAUAGUUUGGCAUCCCAUAAUAUAAGAUGUAUUAACAUGAGAACUUGGCUUCAUACUGUCUGGUUCUCUUUACUAGAGGACACCACCAACCCCCUGCUUUUCUCUGUUAUCCUAAACGGUAGAAGAAAGUAGUCAUUAGGUAAUCUCUAAACCAUGGUUUGCUGUGAUUUUAAUAGUUCUUAAUCGUGAAGAUGCUCACACCUCCAUUUACUAAAAGAAUCAUGAUUCACUUCAGCUUACAUAGUAAUCGGCAAAGUUAAUUGGCUUUUGAAUUAAAUUUUCUCCCCUCAACAAGCAUUCAGUAAGCAGUGAGGCCAUUUGCUUGGUGAUGCAAAGAAUGAGGUCUGUGUGGUUGAAAGAGGCAGCGCUGGUCUGGGGCUGGGGCUCAGUGGUAGAGCGCUUGCCUAGCAUGUGUGAGGCACUCAGCACCGCAUAUAAAUAAAUGAAUAAAAUAAAUGUCUAUCAACAACUAAAUAUAUAUAUGAAAAAAAAAGCGGUGCUGACACUUGGAUUUUAUUCCAGUUUCAGAUUUGGCUUUUAAGUUCCUUUGGUCCAAGGAAGGAACCAGGCAUCUGUAGUCACUCUCAAUAUUGUGCAGUCUCCUGACAAGGUUGGGUAUGUUAGCAAGGAGAAUUAUACCAGCUGGAAAAGGGAGAGAAAAACCUGGGAAUGUGCUGGGCUUCCUGCUCCCUUGCCUUUCUCCUUGCCUCACCUGGGUAACAGCAUUCAGCUGCUGCUUGAAGUUUCUAGUCUGCCCUAGCAAGGAUAAAGCAUGUUAGAUGUAGAGGUGCUUCUGCUGGUAGCAGGGGUAUUAUUUGAAAAGAUAUAUGGGGGUGGGGGGGCGGGAGGAAGCAGGUUGUGAUUAUGCAGGAAAAUCCUAAAAAGUGUAUGAGUGUAGGGGUAAGGGGUGGGUUGUGCAAGCAAGAUCGUAAUUAUUUUAAAAUAAGCAUAUGUAUUUUUAUUAACUUUUAGUUAAAUAUAGAUUAUUACAACCAGGUCAACAUAAGGCUAAAUCUAUAUAUAGAGCUAACUCAGGCAUUGUCUUAUUUGUAGACUAGAUAAAACAACCUGUCCUGUCCUGUCCUGUCAGUUCCCAGCUUCUUUUAGAAUAAAUUUAGACCAAAAGAAGAAACUUGUCUUUGUAUACCCGCAGAAUUAAGUUAUUGCUGUUCAAAAUUGGAUUUUUCAUUUUAACAGUCUCUGAAGAGUCCAGGUGCUUAGUAGAUGUCUAAUAAAUGAUUUUAAAAUUGAAUUUGUUUGCUUACAAUCCUCAUUAACAUUUCCAGAAAGGCUUCUUUCACUAAAUAAUGACAUCUUAGAGGAAAGUGGUUUGUUUAAGAACUAGGGAACUCCUUCACUAAAAUAGUUUGAAACCUUGAUUGAGGUAUAAAAUUUCAAUCAUAAGAGAAAUGGCAGCAAAAAUUCAUAGUGGUCCAUUUUAGGAGGCCAGUGGUAUCUGAUAAAUGUUAGAGUAGUGAAGUUGGGAAAGGAAAUUGUGGGGAUUUGUAAUAUUCUCUUUGUUGUUUCUCUUCUGGGUCAUGGUAAAAACAAUAAAUUAUCAUCUCUAGGUGGCAA